AUGACAUACGACAAUUGGUCCUUAAUCUCAAAGCCUCAUCGCCGUGGCUCCGCCUUCUUUUCUUCGUUCUACGGCAUUCCGGCUUCAGAACGAUUUGCGGGGGCUUCGGCACGAUGGGUGGGGGUUUUUGAGGGUUUUGGAAUGGUGGGUAUGAGUGGUAUAUGCUUGGAAAGAUUAGGUGGGGGUUUUUAAGGCUUUGACACGAUGGUUAAGGCUUUUUAAAGGCGUUGGCAUUGUGGGCAUGGGUGUUAUGUUUGGCAAUCUUGGGUGGAUGUUUUGAAGGUUAUGGUUGACGAGUAGAAAGUUUUGAGAAAACUAGACUAUAGCGCGGUUUGGCACGGUCAGAGCAGGCCUUGGACGCCUUAGAACGGUAGAUAGUGGGUUUGCAGACAUUGUCAUACUUGAUGAAAUCAAUAUCUCCUCUUCCCGUCUUGUCACCCCUUACCUCUCCCCCCCUCCCUCCCUUUUAUUUCUUCUCCCCCCCCCCUUGACCUACUAACUUCAUUUCCCCCUCUUCCUUUCCCCCUCCCCCCCCCCUCCCAACCCUAUUCCCCCGGUCCACAUCAUAAACAUAGUCAAUUUCUCAUAGCCUCCGAAUUCUUAAGCCCGUGUGUCAGAUCUCGAAAACCGCCUUCUUUUGCAUCCUUAAGUCGAGGCCGACCCCCCCCCACCACGCCUCGGUCUCGCUUUUGUCCAGUCGGCUUUCGCGGGACUCCGCGGAACGAUGCGGCCCCGGCCGGCUUUAGGGCGUCUUUCGUCUCGUUGUACCGUAGUAAUCCCCAACUCAUCCUGCUUGUCUCAUUCAAGCCUCCCUCCCUUCCCUUUCAGCCGGAGGCGCUAUUGGAUAAAUGGGGAUUACGGUAGGGGCAAACGGGUGGUGGGUUUUGAGAUGGGGAGGGAUGGGUAAUGGAUAGAGGGUUGGGUAAAACAUUUAAGAACGGGGGAUUCUUUGUCGGUCUUUCUCGUACCUUACUUAACACUACCCUACCUAGUUUUACCUUGGUUUACCCUGCCCCCGUUUUACCAUAUUUUGUACUACCCUACCAUACUCAGUUCUACCUUAUUUCGACCCACUCUACCCUACCAUACCGAGUUUUACUCUGCCUUACCGUGCCCUUCUUUAACCUAUCCUUUACUACCCUUCCCUCUUUCUAAUUGUAAAACUUCUAAGCCAGCCAGUACCCACCCUCAACUCGAUAUUGUUGUAGCCCUCACCAACCGGACCCGGUUACCCCCGUUCUCCAGAUAUAAAACAAAGAACGGGGGAACGUCAUAAUUGUGACGUCGCGCAAAACUAGGCCAAACAGAAGUUGUGUAUCCUCCACUUUACGCGUCCGCGGAUCUUCUUCAUUCAUCCAAACAUAGACGUAACUUCCGGGGAGCAACUUUCACUUUGGUCAUUGUUCUAACAGUUGAUGGGGCUUGGACAUAGCUUAUUUGGAAUUGGCUGGUACUUUUUUUGGACUUGGCUAGUACUUUUUUUGACUUGGCUGAUAGUUUUUAUUGACUAGCUGAGUUUUGUGAGGAGGAAUGGGGUAAAAGAGAAGUGAGGGAUGGGCGAGGGAGAGGUGAGAAAGGGGUGAAGGAGGACUGAGAGAGGGGUGAAAGAAGGGUGAGAGGGAGGGCUGAACCAGGGAUGAAAUAUAGGGCUGAUUUUGAAGUUUAAAGGUAGGGCGGGGUAAAUUUUAAUAAAUUUUAAUUUUAAAACGAAAAAAUUUUUUAAUUUUGAAAUUUUGGGUCAGUUUUUCAAAAUUUUUCAAGUUUUUUCAAAUUUUUUUAAAAUUUUUUUUAUUUUCUGCAAUUUUUUUGAAAAUUAAAAUUUUAAAAAAAAUUAAAAGUGCCCAUAUCUUACACUACCACAUAUAAAAUGUCACUUUCAAACCCAAAACCCUCGUGUUUUUAUGAAUAUAUUAUCUAUGUUCGUGUCCUUUCGAUUUUUUAUCCGGAUUUUACUGGAAUUUACGCCAUUUUUUAUGAAAAUUGGCAAUGUUGCGUUAAAUUUUUUUUCUUUGUAAACACAAAGCGCGGUUUUUUUUGAGGCAAAUAAAAAGCCGGGUCCCAGGUCUACGAUUUCUGAAGACUUUGGAGGUGAUUUUGGGGCUGAUUUGAUCUGAUUUUUAAGGGUUUUUAAGUUUUAACUUCGUUUUUUAUGAAUUUUCGUGUCGUUUUUCAAAAACAAAUUUCAGAAAUUUUUUUUUUAAUUUUAGAUUUUUUAUACUUAUUUUUUACUUUUUCGGGGCAUAUUUUCCAUUUAUUUAAAUAUUUUAAUUUCUUUUUUAAAUUUCAAUUUUUCUACGUUUUUUCCGCGUUUUUGCCACUUUAAACCUUAUAUACCACAAUUUUUAACCCUCUUAACUUAUUAUUUUCUUCCAGGAGUACCCUCAAGUUGGUUCCAAUUUAAAAAAGUUCCAAAAAGCAUUUUUAACUUUGUCCCAACGGCUUCAAACUGGCACCCAACGACGGAAUCGGCGCCGAAAUUGGACUGGUGAACGAACCCACGUACUCGAUAUCUGCCUCUUCAGCAUCAUCCACAAGUUCUGGUUGUUGUAAUCAUAGUACACAUUCAGUCGAGGCCAAAAGCUGUCAUUCUAAGCCUAAAGCAUCUCUGGAAUUGAUACACAACAACUUGAUUGACUUGGCCAAACAGAAUUUGGUCGAUUUGGCCAGAAAUUACAAGUUUGAAGCCAGGAAUCAGCCUAUAGAAGCUAGAAAUCAAACUAUAGAAGCCAAGAGUCAGACUAUAGAAGCCUUGGCCAAAGCCCUGCCUCUGGAAAACUUGGCCAAACUGGAUUCCCCUAAUAUGGCACAGAUGUUUCCGAUGCGCGUACUGGUCGAGACAGUACGUCCACAGCACUGUUUGAGCUGUGCACAUGAUGGACAGCCUGUAGCUGAUACAUUCGCUGUCAUUUCUGGUGAUACCCAAUUGAACAAUGUUGUUGACACAGUGCUCAGUACUCUUGGACUGCCACAGUUGAUUGCUGAUUCAAGGGGUAAGGGUUUUUGAUGACUUUAUGUAAGGGUAGAGAUUAUAUUAAAAUGGAAAAAGUCUUGUCGUCAAUUUAAACGGAUCUUUAUGAUGAAAAAGGACAAGACUUUUUGGAAGUAAUACAGUAAUUAAAUUUAAAAAAUUUUAAAAAAUUGAAUUUUUUGCGCUUUUAAAAUUCAAAAAUUUCAUUUUUAAAAAAUUUUAUAAAAUAGUCUAUUGUGUCACAUUCUCAUAACAAGUAUAAUCCCAUUGAAAAGUUAAAUUUCCAUAAUCCUUGCGAGGCCAUUAUGGCCAGAUGUGAUCAGUUUUUGUCGACUUUUUCAAGUCUGGCCAUAAAAACGAGCCUAUAGAUGCCUUUUUACAGAAAAAAGUUUUUAAAAAAAUUAAAAUUUUUUAAAAAUCUUUGUUUAGUUAGGUCAUAAUGACAUAUUUUUGAAAAUAUUGUGACCAGGGUUACAAUAAGCUUAUUAAAAUUUUAAAAAAUUUAAAAAUUGGAUCUUAUCAGGCCUUUAAAAAAUUCUUGUCGUUAAUUUAUUAAGUUUCAAACGUUAAAAAACGACACAACUUUUAUAAUGGCUUUGUAAUAUCGACAAUUUCGAAUAUUUUUAAAAAAAUGGCUACAAUAGUACUAAUAGUAUUACAUUUCAAAAUUUUUUCAAAAAUUUUAUUUCUGUGACAUAUUGCUUUAACUAUGACAUUCUUUCUGUCAUAUCAGCCAACUAUCCUUAUUGUCUUCUAUACUCGUCCCAAAACAAGAUUACCUAAUCUUUGUCUUUGUUUUUAAAUUUCAAAUUUUCUCUAGACUCUCCUCAAAUGCCAUUCUUUAUCAUUUGCGGCUUUAAAUGCCGUAUUUUGGCUAAUGUUAUCGGCUGAAUCAACGUGAUUUGCAUAAAAAACAUUAAGGGAUUGCGCAAGAAUACAAAAAUGGCUUGGCUUAAAUUUGAAUUUGGCCGAGAAGCUUUCAAAUUUCAUUUUGUGGCUUGGCAUGGGUGGGCGGGGUAAAAAAAUUUUGAAAAAAAAUUUUGGGGGUGUGUGUGGUGGAUAACAUUUUUUUGUAACUUUGGAAUUGAUUUUGAGGUGAAACUUAUAAAAAUUACAGCAAUCUUCUUAAACACUACAGUAACUGUGCAAAAAUUACAGUAGCCCGCUCAAAAUCACAGUAACCUUUCAAAAAUACAGUAGCCCUUUGCCAAAUUCAUUAAGCCAUUGUUCCUUGUGCUGCAAGCUAGAUUUACAGACUUAUAUUACACUAGAGGCCCAUUAAUUCACAUCCCCGCGACAUUCGAGCCGGAUUUCCCGCUUUUAUUCAAAUAUUUUUAUCUCGCCGCGAAUGCCCGUGUUUGGCCACAAAUCCCGACGACAAAUUCGCUGCGCCAAAACGUCGCUACAAAACUGGGUAAACAAACAAUAGGCAAAAUGGAGGGGGGGGAGGAUUUAAAUUUGGGACUAAGAUAAGGGGUAGGGUAGGGCCAGGACUGGUUUUGGGUAAUUUCAAGGGUGGUUUAAAAUAUGGGCACGGCUAGUCUAGGGUACUGUCAGGGCUGCUUCAGAAUAGUGCCGUCGCCCGUCGCUCUUUUUUUCAAAUCUGAGAGGUGGGGGGUGAAUGGGUAAGGCGAUUCCUUUUAAAUUUUAACGCUUGAAAACGCCUAAAGAUUUUAAAUUUAAAAAUUUUUUAAUUAAUCUUAUCCUCCCCCAUCUCCCACUGUUUCUUCUUCCCAAUUUCCGUGGCCAAGUCGGUUCGAUUCGGCCAUAUGACAUGGAGAAGAGUGUUUUUGUUGGCCCAAAAGCUUUAUUGGCUUGGAUUAACCGGCGGAACAAAAGAAUGGGGGGAUGAGAGAGGGGCAGAUCUGUUUAUUUUCAUUGGAUAAAGAGAAGAAAUGGCUCUCGCACAUUAGAAAGCGACAUACGGUAGAGAUUAGGGGAGAUAAGGACAUUUGGAGCGAAAGGCCUUAAUGAUGGUUUAUAUCUAAAGCAAUAUAAAAUAGGGAUAAAAAGAAAUAAAAAGAAAGAAAAGAGUGUAGAAAAUGUAAAAUACGGGAAACUUGUUCGUUCUUGCCAAAUUCUAAAAAUUAUUUAGAAACCCAAUAAUUUUUGUGACACUUCGUCUACUUUUCCAAUAACUUUCUUAAAAUUUGUGACAUUUCGUUCACAACUAAAAAAUAUUUUAUAAAAAUAUUAAAAUACGAAUUUAACUCCUUUUUCCUUAAAUUUCACUAAUUUUUCGUACUUCAGGGUUGAUCCAAAUAAACAAUUGGAAACCCUUGUCCUUUGAACAAAUCACUGAUAACCAAGAAGAAUUGGCAUCCACCUUGUUCAAGGAAAUCUCGAGUAACAUUACCCUAAAAAUUCUGACCAGACAGUAAGUUUUUACAGCCCUAUCAACGUUAUAAGGAUCUCUUCUACCUUAAUUUAUAUUAAACUUGAUAUUAUUCAUGUAUACCUACAUUAUUUUGAUCUUUUAGUGGCUCAGUCGACGCACACAGCUCCCAAUGCAUAACACAAUUGAAAGACAGGAUCUUGAAGAUGGCUGUCGAAAAGCAGCCACAGUUUUUGAACAAGAUAUACAAUCAGGAGAUCAAAAACAUUGUCCAAUCGGUGAUUCAGGGGAGUGAUGUUACUUUGAACGAGAGUCAGAUCAGUGCCAUCAAUGAUUGGAUGGAUAACAUGAACGAGAAGGAGGCUAGGAAAAGGUACUGUUUAACCUUUAAUAAGAGUAAAAGUUGCUUACAGUGAAAGUAAAAAUGAUUUUUUUAUUUUUUUGUAAAAAGUGAAGUAACGGAGCCUAUUAUAAUAUUACUAUCGGUUUUUUGCGGGAUAAUGAGAUGAAUAAUGUGCGAAAAGUUGUGUUUCUGACCUUGUAGAUCAUUUUACUAGCCUGUCUCUUCUAUAGCAUAUAAAAAAUUAACAAAAAAUGAGUUUCGGUACCUAAAAUAUUGUUAUUACCUAAAAAUGAACUUUUUUGAAAUUUUAAAUUUUUUUUUAGUUUUUUUUUAAUUUUAAGCUAAUUUCUUUCAAUUUCAGUCCCUUAAGCGAGCACUGCCGCUUCUCGCCAGUAUCAGAAAUCCCAUUAUUGGAACGUUGGUUCAGGAACGACCCCAACCCCUCGAGGCAGAAGCUCCUUUCCUACCUAAAACGCCUCAACGCCGGACCAAAUCGCAAGUUCAAUCCAGAAGUGACAUAUCAACAGAUCUGUAACUGGUUCACAAAGCAACGUGCCAUCGACCGUGAGGCCAAAACCCCCAAGGAUUCGAAUACGGCCGCUGUUUUAGCUGCGACCGUCCAACAGCUUUCAAAUGGCAACAAUUCGACCGGUUGGUCCAAUAGCUUUGCCCAGCUGUUUCAGAAUUCUUUGAAUGGUGCUAGUAGUCCUAUAAACAUUGCUGGCAGUAGUACCACGCCUACACCACCAACGACUAGUACUGCUUCAGCUACUGCUAUCCCUAUGUCAAGUCAACCGGUCGAUAUUCGGUCAAAGUUUGCCGGAUCUAAUGGAUACAGCUCGAUCUUAGAGGAGGUAAGGGUUAAUAUUGCUGUAUCGAUAUCAAAUAUUAUAAAAUCUUUUUAUACCUGUAUUUUUACCUAUAAAGUUAUGUUUAAAUUAAAAAAUUGAUUCUGAACCUUAAAUUUUAGAAGGAUACUUGAAAAAACUCGUAUUUUACUUUAAAAAUUUUUAAGAAUCUAAAAUUAAGUUUUUAUUUUAGUGCCAAAGAAUUGAUGGAGGCUCGGAAUCGCCUACGGCAAAUGACGAUGGUAGUGAACAUAGUGCCAGUGAAAAUUGUGGAUUCGAUGGCGAUAUUAAGGUAGGUUUUUGAUUUCAAAAGUGUUUUUAAUUAAAUAUUUAUUGUGCAAUUAAAAAAUUUUUUUAAAAAAAAUUUUUUCGGACGCAAAGCCUAAAACAAUAUGAAAUGCCAAAAUCUUUUAGGACUCAGUAAUUUCUUCUCCCGACCUCUCAAUCGACAUGAACCCAUGUUCUCCUCACCAAGCCAAUCAGUCCAACUCCAACCCCACUUCUUCUCAACUGGCUUCCCAAACGGCCGCUGCUGUUGCCGCCCUUCAAUCCUUGAUGCCAAUGGGCAUGAACAACUUCACCAUGGGCGACUCCACCCAACUAGCUCAACAACUGGCCGCGGCUGCCGCUCAGAGCCAAGUUAGUCCAUCUUCAGCUUUGUCCAGCCUGAUCUACACCUCUUCGGCGAACACAACCUCCGCCCCCUCCCAGGUACGACAAUCCACUCCCGCCAACUCGAAUAACAACUCGGGGCAGACUCAGGCCAGAAGUCGAUUAAUGUUCGACCCACUAAGUGAACUGCCAAUUCUGGAGCGAUGGUUUGAAGAGAACCCACAUCCAGGCUGGCUACAGAUCGAGCAGUACACAGAAUCACUUAAUGGUCUACCUUACCGACAGAACUACCCACCCAUUUCGACUCACAACGUCAAGAUCUGGUUCAAGAACCGAAGAGCCAAGUGCAAGAGGCUAAUGACAGCGAACAGCGAUAUUAAACAAGACAAUAGGAUGGACAUCAGCUCCGAACUCUUCAACGACAUCAAAGGCGGUGAUUAUUAA